AUGGCUGGUGACUCACAAGCAUACACAGAUCAUCACAUGGAGACAGGAGUUAUGGCCACAGAGGUAAAGAGGCUCCCUAAACACAUAAGAGAGGCCCAUGUGGCUACUGACUGCACGUGUCUGAUUGCUGACAAUAUCAAGAAGCCAAGGCAGCGCUACGUCCAAAAGGAUGGCAAGUGCAACGUGCACCAUGGUAAUGUCCAGGAGACCUAUCGCUACUUCAGUGACCUCUUCACCACGCUCGUGGACCUCAAGUGGCGCUUCAGCCUCCUCGUCUUCACCUUGGUGUACUGUGUUACCUGGCUCUUCUUUGGCUUCCUCUGGUGGCUAAUCGCCUACAUCCGAGGAGACCUAGUUCAUGGCGAUGAGCAGGGAUGGACACCUUGCGUGGAGAACCUCAACAGCUUUGUGUCAGCCUUUCUCUUCUCUAUUGAGACGGAGACCACCAUCGGCUACGGCUAUCGUGUCAUCACUGACGAGUGCCCUGAGGGCAUUGUGUUGCUGCUCGUGCAAGCUAUCGUGGGUUCCAUCGUCAAUGCUAUGAUGGUGGGCUGUAUGUUUGUGAAGAUCUCGCAGCCCAAGAAGCGAGCUGAGACCUUGGUGUUCUCUCACAAGGCUGUGGUGUCACUGCGCAAUGGCCGCCUCUGCCUCAUGUUCCGGGUCGGCGACCUGCGCAACUCUCACAUUGUAGAGGCCUCGAUCCGCGCCAAGCUCAUCCGCUCACAGCAGACCUCUGAGGGCGAGUUCAUCCCACUCAACCAAACAGACAUCAACGUGGGGUUUGACACAGGCGACGACCGCCUGUUCCUGGUCUCACCGCUCAUCAUCGCCCACGAGAUCAACGAGCGUAGUCCUUUCUGGGAUUGGAGCCAGGCAAGGAUGGAGAAGGAGGAGUUUGAGAUCGUGGUCAUCUUGGAAGGCAUGGUGGAGGCCACAGGGAUGACCUGUCAGGCGAGGAGCUCAUACCUGGACACGGAGGUGUUGUGGGGCUACCGCUUCACCCCUGUGCUCACCUUGGAGCAGGGCUUCUAUGAGGUGGACUACAACAGCUUCCAUGAGAUCUACGCCACCCACACCCCCUCAUGCAGCGCCAGGGAGCUGGCUGCUGGGCAGCGGGGGGUUCAGGACCCCCUCCAGCCUCCACUCCUCCCUUUGGAGCACAGACCUCGUCUUCUGGACCUCCCUGCCAUCCACAACCUGCCACUCAUGGAGUGUGAUGAGGAAAUGGGCUUGGAGGAGGCGAACGGUUCCACGGUUGCCAAUCCACACCGGUCCUGA